UGAAUGGUGCGAUGGUAGGGAGUAUAUAUGAGGUGGUGCGGCUGGUGGGUGGACUUCGUGGCAACCACUUCACCACUGCCACCACCUCCACUGCACCCAGAGAAAUAACUGCAGCUCUAGCUACCAGUGGAGCUGAAAUUAUAAUAUUUGACCACCGAGAUGGAGUGUCAUCAACAAAGAAAAUUCCAUGGACAGCUGAUGAAAAUCGUAAGCCAGUAGCAUUAGCUUUCAGUCCAACGGCUGAGUGGCUACUUGUUGCAAGUGAAGAUGGCACAUUAUUUGUUGUGCCUCUUGGGAAGCGUCUGGAACCAGGUAUCAGUCGAGAUCACCAAUUCAAGACUGAUGAUGUCAUGAUCUUCCCUCCAAAUGGUAGUCGGGCACGCCCAACUUCCUUGGUGUGGUGGCAGACAUUGGUAGGAGAUGCAUCAUUGGCGAUUAUUGGGACAGAGUUGGGAGAAUUGUCAUUCAUUGAGCUUAGUACUGGUAAAGAAGUGGGUGGCACUUACAUUACAGUCCCUGUUAAGGAGCUUCACUUAUGCCGAGACAAUUCUUUAGAUACAAUUUACUUGCUGAUAAGUGGUCCUGAGGAUCGUCAGUGGCGUUUAGUGUUGGAGCAAAGGAGCAGCCAGUAUUUGUUUCCUUUAGAACAUAUCACUCCAGAAUGGCCAGAUGAUGAAAGUCCAGGGGGCUCUCUUCAUCGGUCUGGUCCACCUCCACGUUCUCGAUUGUUAGGUUUAAAACAAUUGUCUGUUGAAAAACUUCAAAUGCUUCGUCAGAGACUAGCAGAAGCAAAGACUGGGUCUCGACGCAAGCCUUUAACUGAAAAUAAAGGUGUUGAUACCUGUGACAUAGAUGAAUUAUCGUCAACGACUACUCCUGAGCAAGCCAUGACAACUUCUACCACUUCCAUAGCCUCUGGAGGAGAAGUUGAAGUAGCGCCACCUGUUUCUGCUAGGCCAGAAAGACUCUGCAAGUAUAUUCACGAUGUGAUUGCUACUCCACAGUAUGCCAAAGAAAGAUAUCUUUUAGCGGGACACUGCAAGCCAAAUACUACUCUAAUGGUUUAUAGUACCGAUUUAGAGCCAACACCACUCUACGUCUUCAAAAUUAUUCCUGAUGUUGAGAAGGUGGUGCUGCAAGAUGAAAUGAUUUUUCUCUCAGAUUCCAUCUCUCGCAGAAGAAUUACAAUAAUUUCUACAUUCUUCUCUUCUUCCAAAAAGAUUGAUGGCACUGCAGGAAGUAAGGUGAAUCCAAUAAUUCAAGAGAUUGACCUUCCUGGAGAUGAAGAGAUAAUAACAAUGUUUCCUAGUCCUCCAUUAGUGUUGUCUUCAGAUAACAGCUCAUCACAUUCUGGAAGGUCAUCUGUAAUUGGGAGGUCAGCUAGAGAAGAGGAGGAAGAAGAGGAAGUAGAAUUACCUACACAUACCUGGCCUCAUGGCUGUAUGAUUUUGACUACUGAAGCACUUUACAUAUGUCAACCUAGAAACAGUGUAGAGUCUUUAUUCAUGGAUUUGGUGCUAAGAGCUGGUGAUAUUGAUGGUGCAAACAAGUUAGGUGUUAUAUUUUCAUUGGAUCCAAAGCUGUUUGAACUUGCUGCUGAUGUGAAACUGAGAUCAAGAAAUUUCAGUACAGCCAUAGCUCUGUACAAACAUUCAAGGUGUCCACAUGUAAAGUGUUCCGUCAAGUUUGCUGGACAGGGUAUGGUGAAUGAGUUUCUAACGUACAUGGGCACCCUUACCAGUGGAGUUAGUGGCCCUGAUCUUGGUGUUGAUGAACGUAGAAAUCUAGCCAAUUUAGCUAUCAUUUGUCACCUUCAUCACCUUUGCUUGCCUGUUUCUCACAAGCCACCUCAGCAACAGCAGGCAUUAAGAAACUUGUUACUUUUUCUGAGAGAUAAUCAGUAUUAUGAUGAAGUCUUGGCAUUGACAUUGGCAGCAGGGGCAUGGCGAUGGGAAACGUUGCAGUACCUGGCUGCAUCUCGUGGGCUUUAUGUGGAAAAGUUACGUGUACUCUUAGCAUCACAAGUUUCCCCUGUGCUUGAUUCUUUGCGAAUUGACCAAGUAAUUGGUGUGGGAAGUGAAAGUGGUAUACUGCCAUUAGCUCGUGAAAGGGAGGCUGGGUACUUGCACUGUGUAUCUGAUCCUGAGUUAAGACAAGUUCUUUUAAGCAAGCCUUCCUUAGCAAGAAUGCAUAUAGCUUUAGUCCUUGGAUUACUAGCAACCCUUGAAAUUCCUGUCAUUCGUCGGUUAGCAGAUCUCUACAAUCCAUCUCAUCCAGCAAUUAGACCAUUUUUACAAACCACAAAUGGAAAGAAACAGACUUUUCCUCCACUUUCAUCAAUGGUUCACAAUUCAAGCCUCCACUCUUUUGGAAGUGAUGAACUGUUAUCAGUAGAGGCUUUUGUAGAAGUGUUUUUAGCCAUUGUGAUUCAACUAAACAGGAAACGAGGUUGGAAGUACAACCCUGAUCUCCUGACUCACAAAGUGGACUGUGGAAAAGAGGUAGUUCCAGUCCCAGUUGAUAAAAUUCGUUGCCGUGUGCUGAGCUGCGGUUAUGGUCAUACAUCUGUGAUAAUUGGUAGUACUACAUACACAUGGGGUAUCCCAGAUUAUGGGGUUUUGGGUCACGGACCACGUUCUACAACAAAUCAUAGACUUUAUGCUGGAAUUAAUGUGUCUGUGCCAGAAGAGGUGGAGCCUGUGAUCAAUGGAACAGUGGGGCACAUGAUGGGUGGUACCACUCCACUUGUCCCACUCAUAAGCAACAGAGUUCCCCAGUCUUUCGUGAAUGAUGGCAGUGAACCAAGAAAUAUUUCAUAUUUUAACCAUAUGAAAGUGCUAAGCAUUGCAUGUGGGAAAAAUCACAUGUUGGCAAUAACUGAUAACGGGGUUUAUGGCUGGGGCAGUAAUAAGUAUGGGCAAGUAGGAGUUGGAGGUACUGGACGCUUUCCAAGACCUACCUUGGUAUGUUCCCUUGAUGGCAAAGGAAUUAUAUCCAUUGGUUGUGGACAGUUUCAUUCCUUAGGUGUCAGUGAAGAUGGCAAGUAA